AAUGUGUGCAAUUCUUAAUUAACUCACUCGUAAAUCUAGGUUAAACUGGUGAAUUGUGAACGACAUUCAAGUGUCACAAUAAUUAUCAUUUAUUCAAGCUACAACGAUAAAUAAAAUGAAAUGGAUUAGUAAAAUCGCUUACGGAACGGGUCAAAUGCUUAAAGAUCUUGUUGUGGGAUUUAUAUUUGUAUUCUACAUAAUAUUCUAUGAAGGAUGUAUCAGUCUGAGCAGUUCACAAGUUGGGGCAUUAUUAUUGUGUGGUCAGAUUGUCAAUGGAUUAGCCACACCAUUGAUUGGUUAUUUAUCAGAUCGUUCACUCGGUUCAACUGAAAAAUCGACAGCUGAUCACCAGUCGAUAACAUGUGAAGAUGAAAGUGUAAAGAAGGAUAAGAGGUUGUUGAAUCGAAUGAAACGGCAGUUGAGACUUGGACCGAGAAAGUCAUGGCAUUUAGCUGGAUGUUUAUUGUUAGUUAUUGCCUUUCCAUUGAUGUUUGGACAACCGGAAUAUUUAGUUAGGCUUCCAGUUUGGGCGAAGUUAUUGAUCAAUGGCAUGUUUAUGAUUUGUAUUCAGGUUGGUUUUGCAGCUGUACAAAUUCCUCACUUAUCAAUUAUCAAUGAUUUGACAGAUCAACAUGAUGAACGAGUAUUACUUGCCUCAUUACGAUAUUUCUUCAGUGGAAUCGGCCACAUAACUAUGUUGCUUAUAACAUAUUUAUUUUUCAUAUCAAAAAAAUCCAGUUUGUUAAUUUUGAAAUCAGUAAAUGAAACUGACAACAAUGCGAACAGCAGUCAACUAUUCACGAAAUCAUUGCGAACAACUAACAAUAAUGUUCAAAGUGAUAAUCAGUCGACAAAUGUUGGAAAACAGUCAGUUGUACAUUCAGAAUACAAUACGACAAUUCAAGAUUUGCCUAUAUUUCGAAAUGUUGCAUUGAUUCUUGUUGGGAUUGGAGUAUUAUUCACAAUAAUCUUCCAUUGUGGUGUUCGUGAAGGUAAACCGAAAGCACACCAAUUUUUCACAAUACAAUCCUAUGAAAAAACAUCAAGUGAAUUCCCAGAAGUGAAUGGCACAAACAACAAUAACGGGUUCAAUAAUGAUAAUUCUGUUGUGGUUUUUCAAAUCAAAUCUAGACGCAAACGGACCUACAGCCUUUCAUCUACACUGCCUUGGUAUGCUUGGUUUACACUACCAAGAUUUUGGCUGAGCUGUUCUACAUGCAGUAUACUGCGACUUGGUGUAACUGUUUCUGUGUUGUACAGUGGUCCAUUUUUGUUGAAUUCAUUAAAAAUGAAUAAAAGUUCAAUGGUUUCUGUUCAAUUAGUUAAUACAAUUUCUUGUUUGAUCACGUCAGUUGCUGUACAGAGAAUCAAUAAAUUACUCGGGAAUUAUAUUGGUUCAGUCGUCGGUGUUCUGUUUACCCUUGGAUUAUGUACAAUAGCUUACUUUUUAAAAUCAGCCGAUGAAAACCUCAUAGCAAUCUAUGUUUCUGCAGCCAUUCUAGGCAUUGGUAACACAAUCAAUAAUGUUCGAGCAGUGGUUGUGAUUGCAACAUUGAUCGGUGUAAAUCAAGUACACACAGCAGCAUUUGUUCAUGGGAUCGCAUCAUUGUUUGACAAAAUCUUGACUGGUAUCUUCAUUCAAUGCAUACAACUCUGUGUACCUCAGUUAACUUAUAGACAUAUAGAGGUGUAUAUUGUAGGCAGUUUGGCAGUAUUCGGUGGUAUUCUAACGACAAUUGAUCAUUUCAUUUACUCAGAGACUUUAGAAAGUACAAAUGCACCUUGUCUUUCAUGUUUUAGUCGAAGAUCAACUUCAUCAUUGUCUUCGUCAUCAUCGAAAUUUCAGGGUGACAAAGACAUCGAGUCUAACAUUCAAACAUCCCAUCACGGUGUUAACAAUGAUAAAGAAAAUAACGAUAACUGUGGAUAUUAAUAAGCAUAUUUAUGUACAUAAACACAAACCAAAAAUCUUUCAUCAUAAAAAAGUAUUCUCUAUUUUAAAUUUCUCUAUCAAUAUUCAAUCCAUCGGUUUAUCACUGAAUAUUCAUCUACUAUUCCUUUCAAAGAAACAUGUCUUAGCAUUAAACCCGGCCAAUUACCACAUGACUUUUUCGUCAGUCGAUAUACGACUUAUGCAAUGCGGCAAGAACACUCGGUAUUGGUUCCAUCUGGAGAAAGUUAAUUCGAAAUCAUUCAUGUGCUUCUUUAGUUGCUGUACGCACUUGGUUACAUCAGUCACAACACUCUUAACUGAAGCGAAAAUUUCUCCGGCUAAACGUCAAGUAGUUGCGUACACCAACUCAGCUGGACAACACCCAAUAUCCCGUUCAAUUGUUGCUCUUAUACAUAACAUGACUAAGGGCAGCUUAUUUGCCUAAUCGCUGUUAACAAGGACGGUCGUUAGAGAUGCCUGUAACUAUCUGUGAAAGCGUCCAACUGUUAUAUCCUAGAGAAGACACGAGUACGGGUAAUUUCCGGGACCUAUUAAUGGAUGAUUAUUCUAUAUAUAUUCUUAUUAUAUAACUAUUCAGUGAUUAGAUUAUGUAUAUUCGUAUCCAUUUUAUUAUAAGCUCAGUUUUGACCUAUGGAUUAUUAUUAUACAAUUUACUGUCCCUAAAUUAUAUUUUCUUUUUACUGACUAUUUUCUCCCACGUUCACAGCCACAUUUGGCUUGAUCCUGUACAAAUAUUAUCUUCUAUUUUAUAGUGUGAUGUGGUCUGUCUGUCUGGUAUAUAAACCGAGUAUAUUUGAAAUAAUUUAUUCGUAUAGCUAUAGCUG